AUGUUAUAUAUACUCAUUAACUAUUCAAACCAAUUUGUAGAAUUUAUCAUCAUGAGAAUCCUAUCAAUAGAUUUUCCAACUUCUUUAUUUCAUUCAACAACUCAAGGUUGGAAUCAAACUCCUCCUCAUGAAACCAAAAAUCCUACCGUUUCCAUAGCCCAUACAUUAAAGAAUUUUCUAUUAUGGUUAAUAUUCAUUAAUUUAAUUAAUCAUUAUAUUUCUAAUUUUAAACUAUAUUUUGGUGAAAUUGAUAUUGUGUUAUUAUUAUCCAAUUCAUCACUCGAACCAAUAUCAUCAACAAAUGUAUCACCACUAUCAACUAUGAAAGAAAUUAAUAAAUUUAUAAUUAAUCAAGAUCUUGAGAAUAUUUUACGAGGGAUUUAUGUUCGUAAUGAAGAUAUAUAUUUGAAUAAUAUUAAUCAAACAACAAUACUUUGUCAACCGAUUAUUAUGUGUAAUGAUAAUUCAAUUCAAAUGUUAUUUUUAGAAAAAUUUUAUAAUGAUAAUCAAGGUAAUUUUUAA